AUGGGCUCCACGAAGCAGUCUAUUCCGUGGCACAUCAACUCUGCAGUCCAUCCCCUGCUCGACGCCUUGGGGGCAUCAAGGAUCGACAACGUCAAGAACCUCGGGAAGUUGGGGCGCUACCGCUUCAGCUUCGAUCCAGACGAGCACGUCUUGUCCAUGGCCUGGGUGCGCAUUGCGGGACUCCCGUCGCCCUGCCUGGCGGUCGGCACCGGCGCCAACACGGGGGAGGACUUGACCUGCCGCGGCAGGAUCCUGAUCUUCUCGAUCAAGGACAGAGAGCCAGGCAUCGUGCCAGCAAUGUACCAGCGCUCCAUCAAGGCGCCGGUCACCGUGGUGAGCCAGUGGGGCGAGUUCCUGGUGCACUCGGAGGGCUACAAGCUGUUCUUCGAGCGGUGGGAGAAGGAGAACGGCAACUUCAACAAGGUGGCGCUUUUCGACGGCCAGAUGUGCUUGACCUCCAUGAGCAGCAUCAAGAACUUCCUGCUGUGCGGCGAUCUCCGAAAGGGCAUCGAUUUCGUACAGUGGAAAGAGGAGGCAGCCGACGAUUGA